AGUUGAAAUCAGCUCCUAUACGGCUUCGAACGACCGGAAGUCAUUCAUUUCCUAUGGAGAUUCGCAGACCGCAUGCGAAUGGGUCCGAACCGGGUGCGAAAAAAAUCGUGUCAGUUGGUCAUCCGGAUGCGUUCAAAAAAUUGAACUCUUGCGAAAAGGCCACGGACAGAGCUGUCUUUCUCUAUCAUUCUGGCUACGGACGGUUCCUAUCCGACGGAAGUUAGCGUUGCUAUGGUAGUGAUAAACAAACCUGCUAAUGCUAACUGGUAAGCUAGCAACAGACACCGAACUAUUGACAUUAUACCGCUAUAUCACAUUUAACCGACCUGACAUGUCAACGUUCUGGGCAACUUCUCUCCUGGCAGCAGCCUUUCUAUUUAUAGCUGUAUACGAGAGGUCAUAGAGAAUCGUACAUUCAGACACUUAUCAGUCGUCCUAGUCUCUCCGCCAUUUUUGGGAGUUGCUUCCGAGGCUUUUCAACCGUUUUCAACAGUGUAGUACGACGUCCGCUGGGGGCGCUUGCGCACAUCAGGGUGUUCAACGCACGCAGCGUGUUGCUAUGUUUUGUUCGGGCUGAACGUGGCCCUGGUGUAGAAUAAACUGGAAGACUUGUAAACGUAGCAUAGCUAGUGCAGAUUCAUUAAGCAACAAUGUCCUCAGUUGAGUAUUUGAGAGAGUUUGUCAACGAGCGACUAGUUGCUGCUGCUGAAGAAAUAUUCAACGUUUUUGAAAAAACUAUCGUUGAGUACGAGGGAGAGAUCUAUCGUCAGCGCAGACUAUUGGACGUCGUUUGUAAACCCGAAAUAAAGUUACACAGGAUAGAGCUCCCACAGCAACAUGUCUUUAAGGAGGAGGAGGUUCAAGCUUACCAGCAGCUUUGUGUGCUGGAGAGAAUCUCCAGUCCUGACCAAGAGGACCCAGAGUCUCUGCAGAAUACAGAGAAACAGAAGGAACUGUGCACCAGUCAGGAGGGACAGCAGCAUGUACUGAAGCAGGAGACUGGUACCUCUAUGUUGACUCCUACUGAUGAGGAAAGGCACCACAGUGAAGGUCAUCCUUAUGACACUCUAGGUGCAGCAGAGAAAGAGUCUGUAGCCUACAUGCCAGUUAUAACCUCUGUGGUAUCAGAAGCAAACAGUGACCACCAGCUCCUUUCUCGCAACUCUCAUGAAGCCGAAAGCCAAGAUCAGAAAGGAGGCAAGCAUGGAGACGCGGGAUUAAAUCGAAAUGUAGAGCCAGAACCAAAGAAGAGACAUCAUAAGAGCAGAAGUCACAGUAACAAUGUAAGCAACCCUAACUUGUCAGCGAUUCACUGUAUAACUCAAGAAGGUAAAACACCUUUCAUAUGUGGCACAUGUGGGAAAGACUUUAGGAGAAAUUCAGGUUUACAGAAACACCUGAGAGUCCACACAGGUGAGAAGCGAUGUGUUUGCAAGACCUGCGGGAAAAGAUUAAGUGAUGCCUCGGUGCUAAAAAACCAUAUGAAAAUCCACACAGGUGAGAAGCCAUAUUCUUGCAAGACAUGUGGUAAAGAUUUCAAAUGUAAAGGUGGCUUGUUGAUCCACAUGAGAAUCCACACAGCUGAGAAGCAGUAUUCUUGCAAAACGUGUGGGAAAGAUUUCAGACGUAAUGGUGACUUGUUGGUCCACAUGAGAACCCAUACAGGUGAAAAGCCGUAUUCUUGCAAAACCUGUGGAAAAGAUUUUGCACGUAAUGGUAGCUUGUUGAACCACAUGAGAACCCAUACAGGUGAAAAGCCUUAUUCUUGCAAAACAUGUGGAAAAGAUUACACACGAAAUAGUGGCUUGUUGGUCCACAUGAGAACCCAUACAGGUGAAAAGCCGUAUUCUUGCAAAAUGUGUGGGAAAGAUUUUGGAAGUAAGGAUGUUUUCCGACUCCAUAUGAGAGUCCACACAGGUGAGAAGCCGUAUUCUUGCAAAACAUGCGGAAAAGAUUUCAUACGAAAAUGUGACUUGUUGGUCCACAUGAGAACCCAUACAGGUGAAAAGCCAUAUUCUUGCAAAACGUGUGGGAAAAAUUUUGGACGUAAGGAUGUUUUCCGAAUCCAUGUGAGAAUCCACACAGGUGAGAAGCCGUAUUCUUGCAAAACAUGUGGAAAGGAUUUCACACGUAAUGGUGGCUUGUUGGUCCACAUGAGAACCCAUACAGGUGAAAAGCCGUAUUCUUGCAAAAUGUGUGGGAAAGAUUUUGGAAGUAAGGAUGUUUUCCGAAUGCAUAUGAGAAUCCACACAGGUGAGAAGUAGGGCGGGGCGAUAAAUCGAGUUUCUUGAUUAACUCGAAUGUGUAGUUAACGUGGAUUUGUUUAAAUGAAAAUCUGAACGGGCUCAGCCCUCCCUCCCCGCGCGUUUGCCAUAGAGAUACACAAACAACAUGGCAGCGACAGGGACUAACAUUAAUUAUUUUCUUAACCAGUCGUCUCAUUACUUACUUAUCUGUAAUCUCCGCCAAAAUGCCCGGCAGCUCGCGGUGCUCUGUCCCCAGCUGAGAGUCACCUAUUCUCGGAUACCUGAACCACCAGCUACCGCUGACCUGAAGGGGCACCAUGCGGGGUAUCGGACCCGGUGUUGAGGAACUCUUUUGCGGCUCAACACAUCCACUAAAUGCUGCUGAUACAACCGAGCUGUGACGGAGGUCUGUAGCGGCUUAAACAACUAGCAACCGCCGCUCUGUAGCACGGAGUUCCGCUUCAAUGUUUGUUUUUAUCGCUACGGAGGAGCGUGCUAAUUCAAGAGACCAUGGGAUGUUGAACGUACGUUGCUCAGCAACAGGUGAAAACAGGGGCAAGGUUGCGCAAUAACGUUAAAAUUAUUUGAACUUCACACAGGUGAGAAGCCGUAUUCUUGCAAACCGUGGAAAAGAUUUCAAACGAAAUAGUGGCUUGUUGGUCCACAUGAGAACCCACACAGGUUAGAAGCCAUACCCUUGCAAAAUCUGUGGUUAAAGAUACAUUGAUUAAUCUAAGUAGGCAAAGCAUAUCCGAAUCAAAAUCAGAAAAAGAUUUAUUGCGACAGUAAGUUACACUUACGAGGAAUUUGCUUUUGCGAUUUGUACAUACAAUAAACAUACCAAACAAUAUGACAUAAACAACAAAUACAAAAACAACUAGAACUGCAAGCCGUUAUAACAGGGUUCAAGCCUCCCGGCGCCAGUCGCACCCAACGACCCGGGGAGCGCGCAAAAGCAGAACCCAAAGCGUAACAUGGCGAGGCAAACGUGGGGAAAUAUCGAGAGUCUGCGGUACAUUGCCAUUGCAAAUAUCUCAGAGCCCUAAAGGAUUUUUGUCUGGUUUUAUUUUUUAUGAAAGCUUGUAAAACAUCAACCCUGUUGUCCAUAGUCAAUCUAUGAACAUUUCUUUUCAGGAAAAACUGGGCUAUUAAAAUUUUUGUGCUGCAGUCCGGUCACUUGAAUGUUAAAAAAGGUUGUAGGACCAUAAAGAUAAUUAAAUGAAUAAAACGAACAUGAAUCUCACAUAGUAUAUUGCUAUCACACACACAGCAAUGCCACACAAGCGUUUGUGUUAUCUAAAACAGUUCUAUAUAUUUGGAGUCAUCCAGUGCAAAAAUAAACAUUAUAACUAAUAAUAUUUACAUUUCUUACAUACAGUAUAUCAAUCUUGGAUGUAACAGUAUUGAUUAAUUACACAAAGACCCCAAAAAACUCUGGACUUUUAGGCUGGAUACAAAACCUUCUGUAAGGGCUAGGAAGACAUCAAAGGCAUCAGCAGAACGGGGCGACUGUUAGCUUUUAGCUCCAAAAGACCGUAUGUUUCUAGUAGUUAUAAUUAUAAAGUUAUUAAGUUAUGAUUCAGAAGUGCCAUUUGGCGUUGUUGUAUACGACGCGCUCGACCUCAGAAGGGGUAAAAAGUUUUAUUAAAUUUAAAAGUUAUUGGCCAAAACAAAUAAACAUUGAUCAUAGCGCCCCCUUAUGGCCGAUCUUCGCCACAUUUGGUACAGAGUAUCGUAGUGGGAUGUUGAACAAUGUUCUCAAGUUCUUUGCCGAUAACCUUUAAUUUGGCUGAGAUAUCAUGAUGUGAUGAUAUGUGUGUGUGGUAGCUAGCUAGGAAAAUGUAUUUGAUCGUCAAAUGCGCAUACUUUAACGUAGCAAAAUUCUUUAAAUAACUUUUGGUCAGGUCCAUCUGGAGAUGCUAUCUACCAGGUUUCGUGCUGAUCGGUCGCACAGCCAGCACAGUUCGGAAAAGUUGGUUGGCGGAAAUGGGCGUGGCCUAUAUUAGCCGAUUUAGUUGAAUCCAGGGAACGCGUGGAUAUAUGAUUUUUUAAUGUCUGGUGUAUGGAGUUAUAGGGCCAAACGUGGGUUUUUUCUGCUAUAGCCCCACCUAGUGGUGGAAGUGAGUCAAUUAUUGCCCCUGAGGCCCUUGCAGAGUUUUGGACCUGUCCUGAAAAUGGCACCCCCAGGGGUGGGGGAUGAUGCUGACUGCAGAGGGAAAGAAACCGUUUUUUCUGCAACCUCCUGCUAAAGGGGAGGGAUUCAAAGAGUUUGUGUCCUGGGUGAGCGAGAUCAGCUACAAUUUUUCCUGCCCGCCUCAGCGUCCUGGAGGCGUACAGUUCCUGAAGAGACGGCAGAGUACAAUCACCUUACAUAAGAUCACAUACAGGCAAAUUGCCUACAAUUAAUGUAAUUGUCAGCUUUUUUGGUGCCUCACACUGUUGCAUUGUUUGUCUAUAUGAAUGUAGUACUGUACAUACUACAUGUUUACUGUUAGUUUUUAUGCAUAUGUAACUGUCUGUUUAUCUGCUUUAAUUGUUAGUUUGUAUGUCUAUUUUAUAGUGUUUGACCAUGUGUGUCAUUUCUAAAAGCUUAACCAGGAACAAAGACUGCAAAUUGGCCUAUGGCCAUAACGCCCACAUACAUUGCUUUAGAUGUAACAAUGCCUAUAUGUAUGGUCCCUGACAAACUGAUAAAAGACGAGACAAAGUUUUUGUGGGUCAACCCACAAGACUUCACAGAAGUAAGAGAGUUACAUUUUUGCAGCAAUUGUGGAAAACAUUACCUGAGGAUCAUCAUACAAGAGAAACUAUCGUGGAGACGUGUUCACCAACUUAAUUAAAAAUACUUUUGCAGUCCCUACAUCUCUGUUAACGAAUGUAAAAUAUAAAUAAAGAUGAAAUGACAAUAUUA